AUGGCGGGGACAAUGUUAAGGUCGCUUAGCAAACUUGGUCGUCCUUCAACAAAAUGUAUUUUAAAUAGUAAUUUGGUCAGCCCUGGCUGCACUGUCCUGCAAAACAGGUGAGAUGUUAAUUUUGAUAAGUGCAAUUAUAGUUUAAAUGGUCAAUGAUAUCCAAGUAGGUCGUUCAGGGAUAAAAAAUAAACUCACAUAACCGCUAACGUUAUCUAGCAUUAGCAAGCUAGCAAAUUAGUCCUUAGCCUUAGGGCUUACCUGCUCACCAUAUAAAAGCGUUUGGGAUUUUCGUUCAGACUUAACAGUCCACCUGACAUCUAGAUCUAUGUUUCUUAUGUUAUGUCAAACAUGACUGUUGUGUAGUUGUUGUAACGUUAAACAGCUUGAGAGUUUAGCUGCUUGUUCGUUAUCUAGCCAACCGGUUAGCUACUUGAGCUGGAGUGGAGUUUAGUUCGGUACUUAGCCGAAUCAUGUGGAUUUUGAGUUGAUAUUAGCACAUUCGUGACCGGCUUGUCAUCUUGCUAGCGAACUAACUAGCUAGCAUAGUACCUAACAAUUUGUUAAUUGCUGAAGCAAAUGAAAUGCAUGCUUUUCACUGUCGUCUGAAAAACCAUUUGUACAAGGAGUGGAAUGUUGACACUAAACAGGUCUCAAUUCCAGGCUAGCUAGCUGUCCACCUUGACUUGUUCUAGUUAGCUAACGUUACUCAACAACAACAUGUUUAGCUACUUAGCUGAAGUUAUGGGAAGUGCCAUUUACAGCAUUGAGGUCAACAACACUUCAGAGUCAAACAUCAAUACGUGUAAGACAGUAACUUGAAACAGUUCAGGCUUUUCAAGGGUCGGAAAAACAUACAUUUGUGCCUUGACAAGUAGGCUAUGUACCCGUACUAACCGUUUUGGUACCAUGAUAUACUGUGCAACACCAAUGCUGUGUGAAAUGUGAUUAGUGACCCAUCUGUUUUGGCUGACCUAGAAUGUAAUAAUGCCCAACCCUGACCUCUAUGUCAUUAUCAUUAGGAGGAGUUUCCUUGGCACGUGUGGUUGCUCUGAGACUGGGUUAGCUUACCUCAAGAGCCUGUGUAGGUUAAACACUGGCUAAACAACAUCCACAUCCACACAGCGGCUUAGAAACAGUACUGAUUCAUUCCCCAUUGACACAUCAUGGUUGCUUGUUGUUCUGUUCUUCCAGACAGAAACAAUGGCAGCCAGAUGUGGAGUGGGCGGAGCAGUAUGCCGGGGCGGUGAUGUAUCCCAGCGCCAUCACUGAGAAAUGGGUCCCCCCACCAUGGAAUGGUACGCCCUUAUCUAUAGGCUAGUUAUUAUUUAGGCAGAGACCUGUAUAAAUAUUGAAAUGUUUGUGUGGUAGUUGUAUUUUAUUGCCUGCUAUACUUGAUCACUUUAUCAUAGAUUUAGAAUCAUUCCACAUCAUACUCUGUGACUUUAUCAUACAGUCAUUCUACAUAUAGAUUUAGCGCAACUCGUAUGCAUGAAUUCCAAACCAACUAGCCCCUCUGCAACCUCUCCUACAUUUUUCAAUCUGUAAAACCCAGAUGAAGGCCAAGAGCCGAAACGCAUUGGUUUUACUUUUAACAAUAACAAAGCUUUCUUAUCAACUUCCACUGUCCUCCAAGAGUUGCUGAAUCUCCUCUCAACCACUCUUUCUCACCACAGAUAAGGAUGCUCCUAUGGAGAAGGAGGUGUCUAACCUGACCAUUAACUUUGGCCCCCAGCACCCCGCGGCCCACGGCGUGCUGCGUCUGGUGUUGGAGCUCAGCGGGGAGUCGGUAAAGAAAUGUGAUCCCCAUGUGGGCCUGCUGCACCGCGGCACAGAGAAACUCAUCGAGUACAAGACCUACCUGCAGGUACGUAGCCGCUACCAUGUUAUAGCACACCCAGAGACAUUAAGGUAUGUGCAGCGGAUAUCAAAAUUGGCUGAAAGUAACUUGAAUCAGUGUCCUGGCUAAGAUGCUUGUAAUGUACAUGAUGCAUGUUUAGACUCUUCUGUAUCAGGCAUAUUUUUAUAGGAUAAAUUGCAUUAGUGUGUGUGUGUGUGCUUUAGGCGCUGCCCUACUUUGACAGGCUGGACUACGUGUCCAUGAUGUGCAAUGAGCAGGCUUACUCUCUGGCCGUGGAGAAGCUGCUCAACAUCCAGGCCCCACCCCGCGCACAGUGGAUCAGAGGUGAGACUAAGUGCUGCUAGAUGACCAUGCCAGAAAGGACAAACAUACCAGUAGCUCAGGUACUGGGGUGUAUUCAUUAGUGCAAUUAAAAUAUUUUGCAACAUAAAAAGGGUUUCUUAUUGGACAAGUCCAGGUAAGCCCUCCCUAUUUCAGCCUGUUUGCUGCCGUUUGGUACCUAGUGAAUAUGUCCCUAAUAAGCAAGCCAAGUAUAUAAGCUUUUUGGCCUUAGUUUAGGUUUAGAGAGAACGGUACGUUUUGGAUCAGGGAUGAACAUUUGUGGUUAGAAAAGUGCUGCACCUCCCUCCUUUACCAGCACGACAGUAACAAGCGUGAGAAGCACAACCUUGUAAGAUCAUCUGGACCUAUUUUCCCUCUUAUACAAGGUCACUAGGGGGCAGUAGGUUGCUACAUGGAGUUCAACAGUCAACAUGGAUAUACAGAGGGAAUGUGGCCUGUCAUGGAAUGCAAUCUAAAUACACCUCCGCUGUCUUCAACCAGGAUCUCAGCGAUCACUGCCUUAUUGCCUGCGUCCGUAACGGGUCCGUGAUCAAACGACCACCCCUCAUCACUGUCAAACGCUCCCUAAAACACUUUAGCGAGCAGGCCUUCCUAAUUGACCUGGCCCAGGUAUCCUGGAUGGAUAUAGAUCUCAUUCCGUCAGUAGAGGAUGCCUGGUUGUUCUUUAAAAGUAAUUUCCUCUCAAUCUUAAAUAAACAUGCCCCAUUCAAAAAAUACAGAACUAAGAACAGAUAUAGCCCCUGGUUCUCCUCAGACUUGACUGCCCUUGACCAGCACUAAAACAUCCUGUGGCGUACUACAUUAGCAUCAAAUAGCCCCCGCGAUAUGAAACUUUUCAGGGAAGUUAGGAACCAAUAUACACAAGCAGUUAGGAAAGCAAAGGCUAACUUUUUCAAACAGAAAUUUGCAUCCUGUAACACUAACUCCAAAAAGUUUUGGGACACUGUAAAGUCCAUGGAGAAUAAGAGCACCUCCUCCCAGCUGCCCACUGCACUGAGGCUAGGAAACACUAUCACCACCGAUAAAUCUACAAUAAUCGAGAAUUUCAACAAGCAUUUUGCUACGGCUGGCCAUGCUUUCCACCUGGCUACCACUACCCCGGCCACCAGCUCUGCACCCUCCGCUGCAACUUGCCCAUGCCCCCCCCCGCUUCUCCUUCACACAAAUUCAGACAGCUGAUGUUCUGAAAGAGCUGCAAAAUCUGGACCCCUACAAAUCAUCUGGGCUAGACAAUCUUGACCCUUUCUUUCUAAAACUAGCCGCCGAAAUUGUCGCAACCCCUAUUACUAGCCUGUUCAACCUCUCUUUCGUAACGUCUGAGAUCCCCAGAGAUUGGAAAGCUGCCGCGGUCAUCCCCCUCUUCAAAGAGGGUGACACUCUAGAUCCAAACUGUUACAGACCUAUAUCCAUCCUGCCCUUCGAAAGUAUUUGAAAACCAAGUUAACAAACAGAUCACCGACCAUUUCGAAUCCCACCGUACCUUCUCCGCUAUGCAAUCUGGUUUCCAAGCUGGUCAUGGGUGCACCUCAGCCACGCUCAAGGUCCUAAACGAUAUUAUAACUGCGAUUGAUAAUAGACAGUACUGUGCAGCCGUCUUCAUCGACCUGGCCAAGGCUUUCGACUCUGUCAACCACCGCAUUCUUAUUAGAAGACUAAAUAGCCUUGGUUUCUCAAAUGACUGCCUCGCCUGGUUCACCAACUACUUCUCAGUUCAAUGUGUCAAAUCGGAGGGCCUGUUGUCUGGACCUAUGGCAGUCUCUAUGGGGGUGCCACAGGGUUCAAUUCUUGGGCCGACUCUUUUCUCUGUGUAUAUCAAUGAUGUCGCUCUUGCUGCUGGUGACUCUCAGAUCCACCUCUACGCAGACGACACCAUUUUGUAUACAUAUGGCCCUUCAUUGGAAACUGUGUUAACAAACCUCCAAACGAGCUUCAAUGACAUACAAUACUCCUUCAGUAGCCUCCAACUGCUCUUAAACACUAGUAAAACUAAAUGCAUGCUCUUCAAUCGAACGCUGCUGGCACCCGCCCACCCGACUAGAAUCACUACUCUCGACGGGUCUGACCUAGAGUAUGUGGACAACUACAAAUACCUAGGUGUCUUGUUAGACUGUAAACUCUCCUUCCAGAGUUUACAUCUAGAAUCGGCUUCCUAUUUCGCAACAAAGCCUCCUUCAAUCAUGCUGCCAAACAUGCCCUCGUAAAACUGACUAUCCUACCGAUCCUUGACUUCGGCGAUGUCAUUUACAAAAUAGCCUCCAACACUCUACUCAGCAAAUUGGAUGUAGUCUAUCACAGUGCCAUCCGUUUUGUCACCAAAGCCCCAUAUACUACCCACCACUGUGACCUGUACGCUCUUGUUGGCUGGUCCUCACUACAUAUUCGUCGCCAAACCCACUGGCUCCAGGCCAUCUAUAAAUCACUGCUAGGCAAAUCCCCGCCUUAUCUUAGCUCAUUGGUCACCAUAGCAACACCCACCCGUAGUAUGCGCUCCAGCAGGUAUAUCUCACUGGUCAUCCCCAAAGCCAACACCUCCUUUGGCCGCCAUUCCUUCCAGUUCUCUGCUGCCAAUGACUGGAACGAAUUGCAAAAAUCUCUGAAGCUGGAGACUCUUAUCUCCCUCACUAACUUUAAGCAUCAGUUGUCAGAGCACCUUACCGAUCACUGCACCUGUACACAGCCCAUCUAAAAUUAGCCCACCCAACUACCUCAUCCCCAUAUUGUUAUUUAUUUUGCUCAUUUGCACCCCAGUAUCUCUAUUUGCACAUCAUCUCUUGCACAUCUAUCAUUCCAGUGUUAAUACUAAUUGUAAUUAUUUUGCACUAUAGCCUAUUUAUUGCCUUACCUCCAUAACUUGCUACAUUUGCACACACUGUAUAUAGACUUUCUAUUGUGUUAUUGACUGUACGUUUUGUUUAUUCCAUAUGUAACUCUGUUGUUGUUUUUUCCGCACUGCUUUGCUUUAUCUUGGCCAGGUCGCAGUUGUAAAUGAGAACUUGUUCUCAAAUGGUUAAAUAAAGGUGAAAAAACUAAUUCUCCACACAGGAAGAACAGGGGCAACAAUAGUGAAGUAAGUAUGCAUUUUCAGUGUGUAUUUCUGUGUUGUAGUUCUUUUCGGAGAGCUGACUCGCAUCAUGAACCACAUCAUGGCCAUCACCACACACGCCCUGGACAUCGGAGCCAUGACCCCCUUCUUCUGGAUGUUUGAGGAGAGGGAAAAGGUGAGGGCACUGGAUAGACUAGAGUAGUGUAUGACCUUUCUUUGAGGUGAUAGGACGCAGGUUGUCAUUGUUAAUAAGAAUUUAUUAAUUGACUUGUGUUAUUAAAGGUUUGCUGUAGAAGCCAUUUUGAGCUCAUUCACAGAUGUUUUUUUUUUUAAAGGGUGUUCUGUCUUGUGUCUAUCCUUCUCCUAGAUGUUUGAGUUCUAUGAGCGUGUCUCAGGGGCUAGGAUGCAUGCAGCCUACGUCAGACCUGGAGGAGUACACCAGGUGAGGGCUGCCUAGGAACUAAGUGUUAUGGGGUUGCUCCUGGGUGAUGUUUCCCCUAGGUCCAGAUCUAGGAUCAGGAUCCUCUCCCCCAAUCCUAACCUUAACGCAAAACUCACCCAAGAUCAACAUCUAUGGGUAACUUCACCCUACACCUAUGGAUUUGAUGUAUGUGAUGUAAUGGUGGCUAUAAAACUAAGAUUGCGUUAUCUGUUUGUUCCAGGACAUGCCACUGGGGCUAAUGGACGACAUCUACGAGUGGUGCAAGAACUUUUCCAUCAGAAUAGAUGAGGUGGAGGAGAUGUUGACCAACAACCGUAUCUGGAAGAACCGAACUGUGGACAUUGGGGUUGUGUCUGCUGAGGACGCACUCAACUAUGGCUUUAGGUGAGGCAAACAUAUACUGCGCACUCUCUCGCUUUUCCUCUCAAACUUUUGAAAACCGAAUGAAAUGUGUAACUAACUCCCUCUGCUUGUCUUGUCUGUCAGUGGUGUGAUGCUGAGGGGUUCAGGCAUCAAGUGGGACCUGCGGAAGUCUCAGCCCUACGACAAGUAUGACGAGGUGGAGUUUGACGUCCCCAUUGGCAGUAAGGGAGACUGCUACGACAGGUGAGAGGAACUCCUAUUAUCCUCUCUCUAUUUGUCAGCCUCGCUCUCUUUUACUUAGUAUUGCCUUUGCAGACAUGAGAGAUUUUGUCUGUCUUUUGAGUAAUAUUUUUGUGCUGCCUGACCCGGAACACAUAUGCCCCUGGAGGCAGCGGUUCACCAAUCCCGCGUUCCGCUACUCACUUUUCUCUGCAAUAUCCCUCAUCUGUCUCCCCAUCUACAUAUCUAACCGGUAUCUGUCAAUAAAAUGUGAAAAUACUGUCAAUAAAAUGUGAAAAUACAUCAACUAUAUAUAUAUAUAUAUAUCUCACACACACACCUCCUUGGUGUUGGUCAGGUACCUGUGCAGGGUGGAGGAGAUGAGGCAGAGUCUCAGGAUCAUGAUCGAGGCCCUCAACAAGAUGCCAGCAGGAGAGAUCAAAGUGGAUGACGCCAAGGUGGCCCCACCCAAGAGAUCUGAGAUGAAGGUGAGACUCAAUAACUGGCUGGAAUAAUAAUACAUUCGAUUUAAAGCGCCUUUCAAAAAACCCAAGGAAACUGCAGCAAAAAAAAGAAGCAUGGAUAAAAACAAUUAAAAUCAAAGCUUCGAUGUGAAAUUAUUUUAGGACAUUUAGAUCAUCCGCGCAGAUUAUAUCUGCUUUACUCUAUAGUUAAACACAUUAAGCCCUGAUUUCUAUGUGCAUGGUGGAGUGUUGCACAUUUAGUCUAUUAUAUAAGCAUAAACAUCAGUUGUAAUGGUGGUUUAAUUAUGUUCCAAUGUUAGAUGUCCAUGGAGUCUCUGAUCCAUCAUUUUAAGCUGUACACAGAGGGUUACCAGGUGCCCCCCGGAUCCACAUACACAGCUGUUGAAGCACCCAAGGUAAGCCCUUCCUCCCUCAGACAGACAUGGAUGUAACGGCUUUGAGACGCUCUCUUGCAUUUCACCUAUCCUCAAAUACUGAGGCUAUUUGAUAGGUGCAGUUUACCAUUACUAAUGGUGAGAUUAUCCUUCACCUGAUCCAUUUUGUAGGUCAUAGGAUGCCUUUAGAUCGAACACAAUAUCAUAUCCUUUAUUGCAGAUAUUAUAUUUGACAGCCAGGGACAUUCUGUAAAUGUACCAGAUUUUAACCAGCUGGCUAAUUCUAAUCUGUAGUCCCUGUUUAGGUAGAUGAAGACAUUGAAUGUAAUGUGCUGUAGGUGGGUCUGUUGUGUAAUGUGACGUGAUCUCCUCUCUUGUCUCUUUCAGGGAGAGUUUGGUGUGUAUCUGGUGUCUGACGGCUCCAGCAGGCCCUACCGCUGCAAAAUCAAAGCUCCGGGAUUCGCUCAUCUG